CCUAAGGACAACACCAGGCAGCCCCACUGCAGCUGGGCUUGGGCAAUUGAGAGCAGGUGGCAGUGGGAGCCAUCCCCAGGGACAACACCAGGCAGCCCCUCUGCAACUGGACUUGGGCAAUUGGCCAUGGCUGCAGCAAUCACGUUCUUUGUGGCUGUGUUGGCCAUCCUGCUCAAGCAGACACGAGACCUACGGAUCAGUGUGGUCACAACACAGCAGAAGCAGCAGCGUGAGGAGUUUCUGCACCAGGAGAUGAAGCAGCUGCUGCAGGAGAUUGGAUGGAUAAGGGCUCCACAAGAAGCCCAAAUCCUCUCUGGGUUGCAGCUCUGUCUCUUCUGGGCUGCUGCAGCAGUCAUGCUCCUGGAGAUCUGCUGGGUGGCCUGGCAAAUGAAGUUUGCCCCUUGCAUUUGCUAUGAGCAGGACACCUCUUCCUGCGAGGAGGAAGAUGAGGAAGAGAAGGGGCAAUGCCACAAUGUCAGGUUGUUUUCUGUGCCCAAACUAUCAUCAAUGCAGGGACUGUCUGACAUGUGCAGGGAUGUGAAGAAGAUGAUGCAUGACGUCCUCCACGUCUGCCGAGUGCUUUCCAAGGACACUUUCAUGCCGGAGAUGCACCCGGCCACCGGGAAGAACAACAUCCAUGAAUCCUGGAGUAUCUUUGAGGACCGAAUCUUGUACCAGCUGCUUGUGGUCCUGCAGCCACCCUCCAGGCAUUCUUUCAGGCUGGAGCUGUACAGUUGGACACACCUUCCAGAGAGGUGCUCCAACGUCCGUGUGGUGCUGGAGUGCAGCUGCUUGAGGGAAACGGGGAAUAUUCCGUGUUUUCUCCACCCCUCCGAGACCAAUCAGACGGCCCAGCGCUCACCCCUGCUGCAGAACCUCUGCACAGGCUCCUACUUAGACGUGGAGGAAAUCGCCUGCUGGGUGCAGAACUUGGUGCAGACAGCCUGGGAGCAUUUGCCCCAGUGGCAGCACUGGCAGCUCACGGUGCUGCCGAGCUCCCACUGCUGCCGGCUGCUGCUGAGCGGCCCCUCCGACCUGCAGCUCUGUGCUGUGCUGCUGUUUGCCGUGGAGCAGGGCAGCCCUGGCACCUUCCUGCUCCUGCAGUGAGAGU